AUGGAUCCUCAAAUGAACAAGCUCCUCAAAUGGAGUGUCCAGAACUCUCAACAACAAAACGAAGAUGGCUCCCUCACUGCCCCUCCUACUACGGAACAAGUCUCGCGCAACCUGACGCCUGAUAUGAUCAAUGCGCUUAUGGGAGGACCCUCCGAUGCGGAUCUGAUGAAGGCUGCCAUGGAAGUUCUGCACUCCGACGAAUCAGACCUCGAGAACAAAUUAAUUGCGUUCGACAACUUUGAACAACUCAUUGAGGGCAUUGACAACGCCAAUAACCUCGAACCAAUGGGUCUGUGGACUCCACUGGUUCAGUUGCUGGCGCAUGAGGAAGCGGAUAUGCGCCGCUAUGCCGCAUGGUGUAUCGGAACUGCUGUGCAGAACAAUGAGAAGGCUCAGGAUAAGCUCAUCGUUCUUAAUGCGAUCCCCAAGCUUGUCAAGGUUGCUACCACAGACUCGAACCCGGCAACUCGCAAGAAGGCUGUGUAUGCCAUCUCCUCGGCCGUGCGCAACUACCAGCCCUCCCUCAAUGAAUUGAUCAAGCAUCUGCCUGAAGGUUAUUCAACCGAGAAUGUUGACGCCGGUGAUAUGGAAGCAGUGGAUACUAUCAUGGAUAAGCUGCGCUCGCACGUUGUUGACUCUGCAUGA